AUGUCGUCGAAUGAAAAAUAAAACCUUAUUUUGGGAUUCCCCGAACGGCUCCUGGGAUUCCACGCGACCCAAGCCACAUAAAGGAACAAAGAGCAACAAGCCAACGCUACGUUCGAGCAGACGACAGAAAAGCGACAUUUUGGUUCUGUUACUUAUCGCGGAGAGACUCGUUCCCUGCGAGAACGCAAUUCGCAAAGCGAAAGACGCCAUUUCUUGUUCACAGUCAGUGCAACCGAUAGAUCGGCAAUUCCUUCGGCUGUUGUGUGUUUUGAGCAUAUACUAUUGUACCUACCAAAGUAUUUUAAUGCUAUUUGCAGUCUCGUUUGUGAGUGAAUAAACCGCAAAAAUGGAAUUGAACAAGCCAGAUCCUUUCAAACCAAAUAAAAAUCAAAUAGGUCAAGAUUGGAAAAUUUGGAAAAAGGAAUUCCUCAUAUAUUUAAGAUUAUCAGGAUGUUACGAAAAAUGUACAGAAGAAGAAAGGGCAUUAAUUCUUGUAAAUCUCAUGGGAACAGAGGGAGUAAGAGCAAUGGAACAAAUGACUUUUGACGAGCCAGAAGAAAAACAUGACAUGGACAUCUUGAUUAAAAAAUUUGACCAAAUAUUUGACCCUCCAUUAAAUGAAGCUGAAGAAAGAUACAAAUUUUUUUCAAGAAGAAUCAGAGCUAAUGAGAACAUUGAUAACUAUGUAGCUGAUUUAAAGACCCGUGCUUCAACAUGUAAUUUUGGAUCACAAUCUGAAAAUUUUAUAAUUGACAUGAUCAUUCGUGACAUGGACAGUUAUAUAAGAGAUGUGGUAUUUGCAUUAGGAGAAGUGACAAUAUUUGAAGUAAUCCAAUAUUAUAAACAGUUCAAUAUCAAUAAUGAUAAAAUUAAAGAAUUAACCAAAAAAGCAAUCGCUUCGAAACCAGAAACCUCUGAAGAUACAGAUAGUUCAAAUAAGGCACAAGAUAAAUCAAAUCAGCCCAAAUUUUGCUGGAAGUGUAAUUCUAGACAUGUAUAUGGAUCUUGUCCUGCUUAUGGCAAUAUCUGUAAUUAUUGUAACCAAAAAAACCAUUUCAAUGGUGUAUGCCAGAAACAAGAUAAGAAUAAUAAGAAAGAAGAGACUAAACAGGUUUGUUCAAAAUGUGGUACAAAUCAUCCAUAUAAGCAAUGUCCUGCUUAUGAUAAAAUAUGUGGUAAAUGCUCCAUGAAAGGUCAUUAUACACAGCAAUGCAAAGAAAAAAAAAAUGACAAUGCAGUUGAUAAUAAAGAAGAGAUUAAACGUAUUUGUUCAAGAUGUGGUACAAAUCAUCCAUACGGACAAUGUCCAGCUAAUGAUAAAAUAUGUGGUAAAUGCUCCACAAAAGGUCAUUAUACACAACUAUGUAAAGAAAAAAAAAAUGACAAUGCAGUUGAUAAUAAAGAAGAGAUUAAACGUAUUUGUUCAAGAUGUGGUACAAAUCAUCUAUACGGACAAUGUCCAGCUAAUGAUAAAAUAUGUGGUAAAUGCUCCAUGAAAGGUCAUUAUACACAGCAAUGCAAAGGGAGGAAAAACGAUGAUGAAGUUAAUCGAAAUACCAAUACAGCAAAAAGUACAGACGAUAAAGCACAAAAGCUUUCUGAUGACAAAUUGGAAGAUUGUAGUUGGUGUGAAUUAAAGCAUCUUAAAGAUCUUUGUCCACAUCCAGCAUGUUGUAUAAGAUGUGAGGCAUUCCCACAUAAUAUAUGUCCUAAAUGCAAAAAGAAUCCACAUGAUUUGAAUUGCCAUUAUAAAACAGUUAUAACGCUUCCAUCAAAGACACCUGUGAGCAACAAGUCUGAUAUGCAAAACUGCACAAAUUGUGGAACAUAUCAUAGAGAUACUCCGUGCAAUCCUUUUAUAUUAUAUUGCAAUAAAUGUAAGAGCCACGACCAUGCAACAUACAACUGUGUAUCGUCUCAACGGCAAAAUAAUAAUACAGCUCAGUCUAGUACAUCUGAUCCGCUACUGAAAGACUACGUUAAGGUAGAAAAUGUCCAGCGACCAUCAUCAAGUAGUGCAAACUACCAAAGGACAACAUCGACAAGCUCGACAUCUAACACAAAUUAUCCAAAUAACGUAAACUACCAUAAACCAACACCAUCAAGUAGUGCAGGCUUAUACCAACGAACAACAUCGACAAGUUCGACAUCCAACACAAAUUAUCCAAAUAACGUAAACUACCAUAAACCAACUCCAUCAAGUUCAACAUUUAACACAAAUUUUUCAAAUAAUACUAACCACCAAAAACCAAUGCCGCCUCAAUCUGACUUCAAAAAACAGAAUAAAAAGCCUGAUGCGUGUACUAUUUCAUAAGUUAAUAUAAAAUGUAUAAUUGUAGUGAAUUAUAAAUAUUAGUCGUCGCAUAUAAAUGAUGACAUGUGGGUAAAAUAUAUUUUCAAUACACGUGCGAAAGAUGAUUCUCCACUCGUAUGAAUUAUCACCGCGUGCGAGAACUCUUUCGCACUAAUAUCGAAAGCUACUAUUAAGUCGUUCACUUAUACAUUUAACAAAAUCAGAUUAAAACUUGAUUAAUAUUAAUGUAACAAGAAUUUGUGUUGUAACAGUUUCUAAAAUAAAUUUUAUUUGUUAUAUACACUAGCA